AACAAGAGUGAAAAAAGACAUGAUUUUGAUCGGCUUUUGACCUUUUUUGGGGUUCUUGAUUUUGGUAUAACAAAAGAAUGGGAGAAGUGGAGGGGUGGGGCUGGCCACCAUCACCAAGUGGAUCACCAAUGUACACAACAAAAGAUGAUCAUUGGACACAUUUUGACAAUUCUGUUAAUGCUGUUUCUUUUGGUUUUGUUGCCACUGCCAUUCUUAUUUCUAUGUUCCUUGUCAUGGCUAUUUUUGAGAGGUUUCUCAGGCCCAAUUCACCAGCUUUAUCGACGUCCCGUGGCCGGAAUCUUGGUGACAUUGAAUCCCAGAUGAGCUUCUAUGGAAAACUUGGUCAUCAAACACCUAAAGUGUCAACGAAGGCUCGAGAAGUUUCAGUGUUGAUGCCAGGAGAAGAUGUCCCUACUUUUCUAGCCAAUCCUGCUCCCGUACCCUGUCCUCCUGAACGCGAUCCAUGGCCUCUCCAUCAACAGAAUUCCUUGCCCGGUCUCUUGAACUUGGACUCGAAUGCACAAUAAUCCUAGCUAGCUCAAUUUGAAGGCAAUAAACAUUCAAAAUACCAAAAUGAUGGAGUUCACCAAUUGGUUUUUUGUUCCUCCCCUUGGCUCCUUAAUUUAUUAAUGUACAUAUAGCAUUUAGGUAUUG